UGGCGGUUUUGGAAGAAAAACAACAGGAAGGCCUAGCUUUUCUUGAUAAUUUCGCGUUUAUAAACAGUUUUCAGCUAGUUUAAGCAGUUCCUCUGGCGAAUAACAAUUAAGAGUCAGUUUGAGAAACGUUUCAUGUCAGGAAGUUUGAGAUUCUUGAUCGUUUUGGUUCAGGAAAGCCAGUAUAAUUUUGUUGAAACUCGGUCCAUACUCUGAAGUAAAAGUUAGCGGAAAUUAUGUUGCUGACAGUUUGCUAUGCCUACCUGACAUUCACUGCCGCCUCUAGGGUAGCCAGGCGAAAGAUGAAGAUACUGAACUUGGUGAGACAGUACGCCCUGGCCUCUGGCUUGAGCUUCAAGUCAGGAAAACCCGAGUAUCUCUGCCACCUGACACAAGAAAUAAGUGCCUCGGUUUUCUGGGAGGAAACGUCGGCGAGUAAGAAGUACACAGAAGUCGUACUGUGGAGGGAGGACGACAACAGGAUGACUAUCAUUCAACCAAAGCCCAAAGUGGACCUGGAUGAAUGGACGUCAUUCAUUGGUUCAGCGAGGCCGUUGACCCCGACGACCCGGGUCAGGUCAGGUCAGGUGCUGCUGCUGCUGGAGGCAACACUUCCUGCCAGAGAGGAUGAUGGGAAGGGUGAGGAGCUGCCCUUGUCACAGUCUGUUCCCCUGACGCGCCUGUCGGAGCCCCUGGCCUGGAGGUCAGGAGACCCUUACGGCCUGUUGGUGUCCACAGAUGUGGAAGGACUGGGAGAGUUAGGACUGGCCUUCAUGGACAGCAGGCUCAAACUGGACGAUGGCAUGGAGGCUGUGCAAAUGAUCUCCGUGGACACCUCUGGAAACUCACAGGAUCUCUUGUCUCUGUAUUCGCGGAAACUCAAGUCACCGGGACAAAAUAACAGUGGGGACAACAAUAAGGAGUUAGGAGGUUUACGUUUAGAUCUGCCGAAUCGCCAACAGUUGCGGGAAGAAAGCACAGAGGUUGAGGGUCAAUUAUCGUGCGGGGAUACACCCAAAGUCCGAAGUGUACAAAACUCAGGACAAGUGGACGACGGGAGUCUACAGGACACCAUGAGCGCAGAAUUUGACGAGCGGGACUCCCCGGAAAUGUUGACGAAACUUCAGGCCAAGCCUCCGAAUAUUUUGGUCUACACGGGGAGCAAGGACAGCCAAACUGAGCGCAACAAGUUUGAGCAAGUGAGGGAGUUUUUGCAGCAGUGCCUUGGACCUGAUCAUUACAUUAUCUACAGGUUAAAACAUGACCAGGUUCUAAGCCAUCCAUGGGCUGAAAACACCAUCCUACUUGUAGCAGCAACACAGGAACAGUUUGAGGAUUCGGUGAACCAGAAGUUUGAGAAGUUUGUCGAGGAUGGGGGAAGGCUUCUCAGCUUCUGCUCGCAUUUUAAUAUGGGACUGGACGUUCAGCCGCUACCGUUCUUAUCAGGGGAAGUCGGCGUACACAGCAUGGUGUACCGGCCGCUGGAGGGCGCGGCCACGGAACUGAAGGUGUACGUGACGGGACGGUGCUACACGCCGCGGCUGAAGGCCCACCAGGGCAGCACGGCGUUCAAGGUCAUUGGGACCAUGAAGAGUGGGAACCAGCCGGUGAUUUUACACGCCUAUGCUGGGUACAAGGGUGGAAGGGCUAUUCUGUCACAGGUACAUUUAGAGAUGAGUCCUACAGAAGAUGAUGUAAAAGGUACAGAGAUGUUCACCCAGCUGAAGAAGUCCAACCCACAGAGGUACCAGGUGUUACAGGACCUGCUGACUACCCUGGGCAUGACUUGUUCCCAGGGUACCCAGACAGCCCUCACCCCCGCACAGCUACUAGUGACAGAAGAUGCCUUACAAGACACUGUUGUUCAAGCCAUCUCCUCCCAUCUUGAUGAGAAUAAUGCCCUAAGAGGAGGCAAAGUGAGCCUGUUGUUUGUGGAUGGGGACACAGAGGCCAAUGCUGCAACGCCAGAGGAGCUGCCAGUCUUGGUAGGGGGCGCUGCUGAGAGUUUCAACUGGCAGGUGUACCAGGAGAACCUGCAGACUGGAACUCUGGGAAAGGUCGUCCUCUACACAGAGGUCAUACCAACCACAAUGACAGUACUGGAUAGAUUGUCCAGUUGUGUUCCAGAGGACACAGGGUUGAUAGCAAUUGCUCACAGGCAGACCAGUGGCCAAGGUCGAGGUGGAAAUGUAUGGCUGAGUCCGCUGGGUUGUGCCAUGUUCACCCUACAUGUACGGAUCCCUCUCCAGUCAGAACUGGGACACAGACUGCCCUUCAUACAGCACAUCAUGUCCCUGGCUGUGGUGGACAGUGUCAGGACACUACCUGGCUAUCAGGACAUUGACCUGCGGCUGAAGUGGCCCAAUGACAUCUACUAUGGAGACAGUAUGAAGCUGGGAGGAGUCAUUGUCAACUCCAGCAUAGUGGGGAACAACUGUAGUGCUUUUAUUGGAUGUGGCUUCAAUGUGAGUAACAGCAACCCCACCAUCUGUAUCAAUGACCUGGUGAAACAACACAACAAACUCCACAACACAAGCCUACCAGAGUUUACUACUGAGGAGCUCAUCGCACACGCAGUAACAAUCACGGAGGAGAUCAUACAAGAGUUCCAGGAGAAUGGCAGUGAUUCAUUCUUACAGAGAUAUUACAGCAGGUGGCUUCACAGUGAACAGAAGGUACACCUGAGCAGUGAGGAGGGCCCAGAGGCGACUAUCCUGGGUCUGGACGACUCUGGCUUCCUGUCCGUGGUGAAGAACGGAGGCGAGAUUGUCAGCGUCCAGCCAGACGGGAACACCUUUGACAUGCUCAGGAACCUCAUCACCAUCAAGUCUUAGGCCACAUUGACGUAAUUCUAUGGAUGACAUCCUCUGAAGACCCCCAAACUAGUGCGUGCAGGCGAAUAAAAAAAAUCAGGU